AUGUGGCACUUAAGGUUGUCAAGCACGUCAUUCGACCCAAGGGUGGUUUAUGAUGGACACCCUACAUUGUUUACCAUCAAGCUACAUCAUGGAGGUGAGUUCACAAAGUUUCCAAAUGUCAACUACAUUGAGGGUACUGUGACGUAUGUAGAUAUGGUGGAUAUAGAAGAGUUUUCUAUUCACGAGAUGGAUGCGAUUAUGAAAGGGUUAGGAUACUCAGUUCCUCCGGUUAUCUACUAUCAUUUUCGAGUGCCAAAGGGAGACAUGCAUUUUGGGCUACGGGCCCUGGGAAAUGAUGAUGAUGUCCUCAAUCUUUCCCAGUAUGUGAAGGAGCAUAAACUGAUAAGGGUUUACACCGAGCAUGGUAUUACUAACUUGCUUACUUACUUUAUGGCUCCUAAACCUGUAAGAAAAGUUAUUAUUGAGCAAUUAGAGGAGAUCGAUGAACAUCAAACCCCACCAACUAAUAACCAACCCAGUGGCAUGCCACAAACAUGCAUACCACCUGUGAUAGCAAAUGAAGCUGCUUUAGCCUUGUCAAUAUCCCCUGAAUAUAAUAAAAAAAGGGAAUUUAUCAAGGACAAACCAUUAUCAUCAUGUAUUAAGAAAUUGGUGAUGGAUGAUGUUAGUGUUGAUAGGAUUGGUGGGAAUAAGGAUGAUGCAGAUAAUGAAAUUGACCACGGAUUUAAUGAAUUUGAUGAGGAAUGUAAUGAUAUUAACCGGGAUUUUAAUGAAUUUCAUGAGGCAUGUAAUGAUAUUAACCAGGGAUUUAAUGAAUUUGAUGAGGCAGCUAAUGACUUUGAUAUUGGAUUGUACCAACAGAUUUUACAGUCUAAUGAACAGAAUGUAGAUGAUGAGGUUCAUGAAGGUGAGGAAAAUACAGUUAAUAAGGAAGUCACUGAAGAAGAGAAUCAUGACAGAAAUGAAAUGAAUGAUGAGAAUGUAGAGAUGAGAGAUUUUGCAGUUGAUGAUGGAAGUGAAGAUAACAUAGAGAUUGAUGAAGACAAUACUGAAAGAAGUGAUGAGAGUGAGGACAGUGAUGAUAGUGAUUUCUGGGUGGAUGAAGACAACAUCAUCCCUGAUGUAGAAGUAGACAUGAGGGAUUUUUACAUGAAUAUAGAUCUUGAAGCAGAAUUUCUUGAAAAAAGAUUACCAAAGCAUAGAGAGAAUGACAGUGAUGAGGUCAAUGAAGAGUUGGGUGUUAUAGAUAAUGAUCAAUGGGAUUCAUUGGAUGAGGGUUCUGAUAUAGAUAGGAAAAGAAGAGCUGUAAUAAAGGAAUUGGGGAAGGAGACUAGGUGCUCUCAAGGUGAGAUACACAAGGGAUUGCAGACUGCCAUUUCUCAGUUGUUCCCAUGUGCUGAGCACAGCUCAUAUGAUGUAGAAGCUUAUAAUUGGUUGAAGCAGAUUCCCCCACAACAUUGGGCAAGAAGCCACUUCACAGGCAGAGCAGUUUCAGAUAUGCUUCUAAAUAAUCUUUGUGAAGUUUUUAAUAGCAAAUUGAUUGAGGGAAGGGACAAGCCACUGAUAUCCUGCUUGGAGUACAUUAGGGAGUAUAUGAUGAAAAGAAUAUGCAAUGUCAUAAAGGUUCAAAAGAAGUGUGUUGGUCCACUAACCCCAUCUGCAACAAAGAUCAUGGAGAAGAAUGUGAAUUGGGCAUCUCAGUACACAGUUAGGUGGAAUGGGUCAGAUAAAUACCAAGUGCAAGGGCCAUGGCAGGAUCAACAUGUUGUUGAUAUGGUUGAAAGAGUAUGCAGUUGUAGGAAGUGGGAAUUAACAGGACUCCCUUGUAAGCAUGUCAUUGCAGUCCUAAAUGACAAAGCAGAUAAUGGUGAGGAAGUUGGAGAACUGCACACUUAUGCCCACAGGGUGCACUGGCUAGAAACAUGGAAAGCAGCUUAUGUGUACAAAGUAGAGCCUAUUAAAGGUCGAGCAAUGUGGCCUAUAAGUGAAUGCCCAAUUAAAAUCACCCCUCCUAUACACAAAAAUCAGCCUGGAAGGCCAAAGAAAAAGAGGAGGCACUCUGCUGAGGAGAAAAGCCAGAAGAAGGGAGACAAUGUUGCUAGUGGUAGUGGGAGUCAAAGCAAUAUUGCUAGUAGGAGUGGAAAGCUUACAAGAAAGUUUAUCCAAGUAACCUGCAGCAAGUGUAAAAUUAAAGGGCACAAUGCUAGAACUUGCAAAGGCCAAGGGGGUAAGUGA